AUGCCUCCCCAAAUCACUGAGCUAAUUACUUAUUUCUCUUCCAAAACUAAACUCCCUGAGCGUGAUUUAUUCUUUCCUAUUCCCCUACUUUUCUUUACUCGUUACAAAAUUCCUUGGAUUAUGAAAUGGUCUUACAAUGUCAACUGGGAAACCCGAAUUUUUUCCCGACAAUUUUAUGUUAAAUGGUGGGAUCGUUUUGAGGUCCAUCGAAUUGUUGAAUACAUCUACAGAGAUUUUCCUAAGCAUGACUUCCCUAAACAUGAGCCUGAAUCCACUUCUUCACAUUCUUCCCAGACAAAUCUCUCUGUUGAAGGUAAAUCUAAAGCUGAGCUACAAGAUAUGGCUAAACAACUACUUCUACAGGCCUCACAAAUGCAGGAUGAUGAAGACAAUGAGUCCCAAUCGUCUUCAAGUUGCCAGCCCCACCAGCAAAGCCCAAGUCCAAGCCCUGAUCAACCCCUGAGAUGGUCUGACUAUCCCCACGGUCAGGACCCCAAUGAAGCCUAUGAGCAGACAAUUUCAGCCAUGUCAACAUAUGAUCUCAAUUCAGAUUAA